GUGUCGUUUAAGAGGGGAGGCGGUCUCAGGAACGCACAGAAACAGGGGCCCCGCUGGUUCAAGUAAGGAUAGGGAACGUCCUGAGCUGAACUCGGCGUUACAAAUAGGUGCUGCGGCAUUCCAAGUGGAGCAGAGUGGAGGUGCGCCACGCCGUUGGUAAUAUUAAGUAACAGAACAGUGGAUCAGUAGAGUGAGAACACGCAGGGAGCCACAGGAAAAAGAGCUUCUUGGUGAACCGGACGGGAAAAUUUACGCUUGGAGAGGACGAGAGGAGCCAUGCGCACCGGCGGACAACACUGAUCCAUCAAUAGAGGGGGCACUGUUGCUGCAUUUUCACCUCCCAGAGAUCCUGCAGUGAGCUCUCAGCACCACACAGCGGUUACUCUACUCUGAGCAGCACGGACAGAAUUACUCAACUCCUGACAGGCGUUAUGUUUGAGGAGGAAUCCAAAGAGAUGAGGGGGCAACAGGAAGUGGCUGUUCUCCACAGCAUGGAGUCACCUGCAGUAGUGGCUUCCAGCGGAGGACCAGCAGGGUCUUUGUCCUUCACAGAUGAGGCUGUGUCCAUCCUGACCUCCAGCAGCCUGCUGGCCCGGUCCCUGCUGGGUCGCACCUCGGCCAUCAAACGCAAAGAGAGUCCCACGUCCAGCAUCAGGCGCAAGCGCGAGUUCAUCCCUCAUGACAAGAAGGACGACGGCUACUGGGACAAGAGGAAGAAGAACAACGAGGCGGCAAAGCGCUCGCGGGAGAAGCGGCGUGUGAACGACAUGGUCCUGGAGAGCCGAGUGCUGGCUCUGCUGGAGGAGAACGCUCGCCUCAGGGCCGAGCUGCUGGCUCUGAAGUUCCGCUUCGGCCUGGUGAAAGACCCCUCCAACACCCAGAUUCUGCCCCUCACCACGGCUCCUCAGCACACUAGUCAAAGCUUGACUCCUCAGUAUUAUCUCCACAGAGGGGAGAGCUCCUCAGCAGCACAUCCCAACAGCCAGCCAGGCCAGCUGAACACCAGGGGCUCCAGGGAUGCUGGGAACAUGUCAGAGGACUCUGGGUUCUCGACGCCCGGCGGGUCCAGUGUGGGCAGCCCGAUCUUCUUUGAAGACCGGCUCAGUGAUCAUGGAAAAUUAUCCCCACACAGAGCGGAGGAGCUGGGCUACGACCUGCAUCACUCGCCUGCCGACGUCCACCACGCUGCAGGACUCGGCGGAGGGAAGCUGGAUCAAGCAGAGGCGAUGAAAAACCUUCCUCACAAGCUCCGUUUCAAGACGCCUGGAAGUGGCGACGGGGGCGAUCCUACAGGGGACAGCAGCAGCGCCAGACGUAGCCCGGUCCACUCUGCCGCGGGACGGGAAGGUCAGAGAGAGACGGUUAAAGGACUGAGCGGAGGCGAGGCGGCAGGGGGGCACUGUGCCGGCUCCUGGCUCCAGCAGCUGGAGGGGGAGGAGGGCAGGAGGGGUAGACAGUCCCCUCAGUACAACGUCUCCGCUGCCAGCUACAGCCUCCAGUCUCCUCCCACGCAAGGACAGAGCGACGUCCAGUACCGGCAUGAGAACACUUACCUGAAGUCGCAGCUCAACUCUCUGAGCGAGGAGGUGGCUCAGCUGAAGAAGCUUUUCACAGAGCAGCUCAUGGCCAAAAUCAACUAACGGACCGACGGCGUGAGUCAGCCAGAGUCUAGACUUUUAAGGACAAAGUUUUACUGUAAGAAGAAUCUGCAAGUUCAGCACAAAAGAAGCAGUGUCGGACCGAGCACCAUGAGGACUUUCACGUCUUUCAAAUAUUGUAUAUUAUACUGUAAUAAAUGUCUUCAAACACUCAUCUCAUUAUCUAACUACUUAGUCUCACCUCUGAUAAGUUUUUGCUCAGACAGUGAGUCUUAUCUGUAUUAGUGUUAAGUGUAUAAUAGUUUUUCUAUUCCAUACACUGUGACAACUACACAACAUGCUACUGUUUACAUCACAUCAUAACAAUGCAAAGAGACAACAGGUUCAUGAAGCUACAGUCAGGUCCCCAGGGAGCCAGCCAGCUGUUAACGAGUGCUUGCAGUUCAGUAAUUAGGGUGGUAUGACUUACUGCAGAAGUUUCCCCACUGCUGAGACAAGGUCUGCUGGAAACCUGUAAACACGAGCAGAGACAGACGGUAAACACACUCAGAGAUGAUGCUAAUAACAGCCAGAAACUCCGCUGGUCCUGAAGGCUAAAAGAAAGGUCUGUUCUGCACCAAGUCACUCACUAAAAAAACGUGUUAGGUUUUUGUGUCACACAGUUGUGUCAGUGUCUGUGUAGAAGAACGCUGUACUGUUCUGAUGUCUCUGUUCAUGCUCACUUCUAACAUGUUUUAUUACUUUCCUGUUAUCUGUACUGAGGUGGUGACAAGAAUUUGAUGUCUGCUGUCUCCCUGUGCGUUUUCAUAUUAAAAAUAAAUACAUUUGACAGAUUCA